GUGUUAGCAUUGUUCUCAUUAAUGAAACACAAACUAUUUUUAACAUGUUAUUUGCCAUCAGUAGAGACUCCAUUAAGUGUUAUGUUAAUUUACCAUUGGUCCUGAAAUUUGAGGUACAUCAGCAGGUAAACAUUGGCUUGCCAUUGUGAAAUCUAUGCAGGUAAACAACGCUGGAGCUCCCGGAGUUGUCGUUGACGAAGAAGCCUUAAGGGCUAUGGACAUAGCCCCUUCUGAUUGGGGCGUAGUUAAGACGACAUAUGAGAAGGCGAAAGAGUGCCUUCAUACAAAUUACUAUGCAAAACUGGUCGCCGUUGGAUACGGGAUCAAGAAGUUGCAGAUCAUGAUGACCAUAGUUGAUGACCUCGUCUCUGUCGAUAAGCUCAUUGAGGAGCGCCUCACAGUUGAGCCGAUCAACGAAUAUGUGCAGAGCUGUGACAUUGUCGCCUUCAACAAAAUCUGAGCUAGUCAUGGUUAGAAAGAAGGAUCCACUUUGGGUACAUGCUACCGACAUGAAUGGUAAAUUUGAAUGCAAGUACUGUAAACGAAUAUAUUCUGGAGGUUUAA